GGAUCAGAGCCUGGGAGUUGUCUGCUGCUAGGUCUGCUCCCAUUUUAUCGCAUUUCUUCACUAGAUGGUGUGCAAGCCACUGGAGAGUAGGCUGUACUUGCUCGCGCACAGUAGGCUACGGCUUGAACAAAACAAACCUGGAAAACUACAUUAUACGACGCGCCAUUUCGUAAGGCUUUUGAGGAGGAAAGUGUGGGAAUAAAAGCUUUGCUUUAAGGUUUUCAUGCGACUUGGAUAAUAUAGCCUACAAUCCAGCUGUGAUGGACAUAAUGAUUGCGGUGCAGGAUGUGUGUGUCUCCAGUCAAUGGUUUACCGCUAUAAUUCUCAGUCUGUGCUGCUUUUUGCCUUCCUGCUUACCCGCUGGACAAACUGUGGACUAUGCCUCGAUUGAAAGUGUGGUCACCCGACAAGGCGAUACGGCUCUCCUGAGGUGCACUUCGGAUGGAAUCUCUAAAGGAGCCUGGUUGAACCGUUCCAGCAUCAUCUUCGCAGGGAAUGACAAGUGGUCCGUGGACCCCCGUGUGUCCAUCGUAUCGAGUGGGGGGGAGUACAGCCUGCAGAUACAGAAAGUGGACGUGACUGACGACGGCUUGUAUACCUGCUCUGUUCAGAGCGAGCGCAAUCCAAAGCCAAAGCACCUUCAUCUAGUCGUUAAAGUUCCUCCCAAGAUCUAUGACAUUUCCUCUGACAUCACGGUAAACGAGGGCAGCAAUGUGUCGCUCAUCUGCACAGCCAGUGGGAAACCAGAUCCCACCAUCUCCUGGAGACACAUAACCCCAUUAGCCAGGAAGUAUGACAGUGGAGAAUAUCUAAACAUCACCGGUAUCACGCGGGACCAAGCAGGGGACUACGAAUGCAGUGCAAUGAAUGACAUCGCCUCUCCUGACACCAAGACGAUGAAAGUCAUAGUCAAAUUUGCACCAGCCAUCCACGAGAUGAAAAGCCAUGGAGUUGGCUUGGGACGCACAGCUCUGCUGAGGUGUGAGGCUGCAGCUGUACCCACACCAUCAUUUGAGUGGUACAAGGGAGAGAAAAGGAUUAACAAGGGUCAGGGGAUUGACAUCAAGAACCUUAGCUCCAGAUCAGUCCUCACAGUGACCAACAUGACAGAGGAUCGCUAUGGUAACUACACGUGUGUCGCCGCCAACAUCCUGGGAAGGGCCAACGCCAGUGUGCCUCUCAUUCCAAUUAUUGAACCCACCGCAGCUAGUGCUGUCUCCCGCUCAGCGCCAAACACUGCGCCGUAUGGGAGUACAGGAAGAGCGGAAGUCCUGCUGGCCUGUCGGUACCUGAUCCUGGCUCUCUCCUCCUUCAUCAGUGUGUACUAGUGGAAGGGCAGCCAUACACAAUGACUGUAAAGAGCCCUUCAAGCAUUUAUGAAUCCUUUGACAUUGCUCAUGUCUGGAUCAAAUCUGGUACAGUUUGUUGAAAGCAGUGUGGGAUAUAAUCAGCAUUACUUAUGUGGGGAUGGUCGUUUUAUUUCUGUGGAAUUUCUCAUCAUGUAAAUACUUAAAAAUCGUUAGUUUUUUAUUUGGAUUGUCCACUUUGUGAAUCAGUGCUCAUUGUCCCCUUUCCAAGACCAUGAAAGCUCUGAAAUGAGUUAUUGUAUUAUUCUCUCACCAGGAGGUGGUGAUGCGGAAAUUGACAUUUUCAUCUCAGUUUUUGUAAAUGGCUCAAAAGAUGCCAUUGUGUGUCCCUCAAUACAUCAAUGCAUCAUUUCCAUACCAAUGUUGUGGCCAGUAUUGAAAGUAUACAGGGUUAAAAAGGAAAGCAUCAUUUUAGAUAUCAUUCAUUACAAAUUAAGGUUAGAGCAUGCUAGAAUGAUGACAUCUUUUGAGAUGUGUUAUUAUAAUAAUACAAUAGCUGAAAUGCUGCACAAUAGACAUUAGAAAGGGAACAUUUCAGACAUAUUUGAUCUUGGCCAUAUUCUAUUUGAAUGCAGAGCCUUUUAUCACACCCCCAUAACAUUUUGUCUGUCCCAAAGUAUGUUUGAUCUUUUGAACAUUGGAUAAGUCAUCUUUCUUUUCAGGCAGGGGUCCUAAAUGUAUGUUAUAUACUUGACACUCAUAUUUGACCAGGCAGUGAACAUAGUAGCAAGUGUUUACGUUUGUACUGGUAACAUACUGUAGUCUGGUUAUUUUUUGGUUCUUUCG